AUGGGACCAUCAUUCCAUGAAUCGUCCUUAGAUCUCAAAAUUGUAGUUCUUGGUCCACUUUAUGUUGGCAAGACUUCAAUUAUUAACAGAUAUUGCAAUGGAAGUUUCAUGGACAAAACUUUGUCUACAAUUGGAGCAGGAUUCUUUACAAACACCAUGAUGGUUGAUGAUACAGAAGUAACAACAAUGCUAUGGGAUACAUCUGGUCAAGAAAGGUUUAGAUCGGUUGCUCCAUCCCUAUUACGUGGUGCAAAUGGUAUGAUUUUAGUUUAUGAUCUAACUUCAAUUGAAUCAUUCGAGGCAAUCGAUGCAUACAUGGAAUUAUUCCUUGACACAUGCAAAGUUGAUACAAAUUAUGAAAUGCCUGUUCUUCUCCUUGGCAACAAAUCAGAUUUAGAUCCAAAAAUUAGUGACGAAAUGAUCAAUUCAUGGAUGAAGAAAAAUCAUGUAGUACAUAACUUUAAAGUAUCUGCCAAAAGCGGAGAUGGUGUAGACAGUGCUUUAAAGUUGUUCAUCAAAUCUCUUAUAAAUCCGGAGUUUUCUUCUUCGGAUGAAUGCCCAAUUAACAUUAUCGUCAAGAAAGAGCCAAUUUCACACUCAAGCUGCUGCUAA